AUGCGAAUAAUGAAAACAGCUAGUGUUUACUUCACUUGUUUCACGGUGUUUCAUACACGGCUGUGUGAAUGUCAGUAUCUUGAAUCUGAUUUGAAACUGCAGUAUAUCACAGCACACCGUUUUUUGCUAGUAAAGACAUGGAUUUUUUCGUUCCAAGCAACGGGAAGAGAGUUUAAGAAGAGCUGCAUGCUGCGUGGUCCUAGUGCGACAUUGUUCGCACUUCCACGAAUAUCCAGGACCAUCUCAUCUGUCCCGGUGACAGCUCCAUCAAGCCCAUCGCAGUCACCAGCUGUUGGAAGCCUCAGAGCCAAGAUCGAAUCGUGGGUUGAAGCCUAUGAAGAUUUCAUUGGUAUUAAGGCUGUGAAAGAGGCUCAAGCUGGAGUGAUGAUGUGGGAGAAGAAACUCAGUAUAGCACAAAUUGAUAGGCGGAAUAAGCAGUUGGAAAUAAAAAGUUUACAAUCUCGACUCAAGGAGAUCCACUCAGAGCUCGAUAGGACCAGUAGAGGCGAAGAUAGGUAUCUGCAGUUGUUAACAGAGGAACAUGCUUUGAUCAAGAAAGAACGAGGUUUACUUGAGCAGUUCGAGGUACUUGAAGCUGCUGAGCGAGAGUCCUUUCAUCAGCUAUCCAACACAGUGCGUGCAUCACAUGAAAGAGAGAGAGAACGUGUGGAAAAAACAAAAUGGUGGUCCGUGAGUGCUUCCCUUGUCGGCGCCAUAAUAGGAAUUGUUGGAGCAACCAUAGGUAAUGAAUUGCGAAUGCGGCGAAUACGAGAUAUGCUUCCUAUCGGUGGUGCACAGAUGAGUGAAAUGGCGCGACUUUUGGGAGAGCAAAAUGCAAAGGUCACAGGCUUCAUCACAGAGAUGCGCGACGUCUUGAAACUCGAUCAACUCCAUAUCGAAAAAUCAGAUCCGUCACAGUUUGAAAAUGUCAGUGCAGAGAAGGCAAUAGCGGCUAUUCGAGAAGAUAAUGCACGUCUAGCGUCUAAGAUGGAAGAGCUUGCGCGGUUAGCUCGGAUAGAGGUCAGCCUCGAUUCUGAUCCAAAUGCAGUGGUUUACGUCGGCAGUGAUAUGGAACGACUUCUCGAUCAAACCGAAAAGAAUAUCGAGUCGAAGAUGAAGUUGCAGACUUUGCUAUCAGUUGUUGCGCUUUAUGCAGCCAUAGGUGUAGCAGUUCCUUUAGUCUAUGCUGCCUUUAGAGGAGGAUAACAUAUGGAAAUCUCAUCACUGAUAGUUUUAUGCAGCGCUUGAUAGAAAAUUUUUUGAGGCAAAUAGGAGG